AUGGCAAUCUUCAGGCAGCUGUCCCUGGGCGCAAAGGCCGCCCUGGCAGCCGGCACUGUCUUCGUGUCCAUGGUCAUCUCCCGCUCCUACCUGGCGGAGAGCCUCGAGCUCAGGGCCUGGCGGUGGCUGUUCCGCCUGCAGCUCGCCCUGUUUGCCAACUCGCUCAUGCUCCUCGGUUCCCUCUACAUCUGGCGAAGCACCGUCAGCAACCUCAGCCACUCCCCUGCUGCAGAGUCGGCCUGUUUCCAGCUUUGGAAGAUGGCCAUUGUGGCCUUCCUGGCCCUGGCCCAUUCCAGUUUCUUCACCAUGCUCUUUCUAGUGGCCGAGGAGCCCUAUCUCUUUUCCUUGGCGGCCUACUCCUGCCUCGGGGCAUACAUCAUCAUGGUCUGCUUCCUCUGUACCCUCAGUGGCAUGGAGCAGGCCUACCAGCUCCUGGCCUUGCGCGCCGGCAGGGUGGUGGGCAGCCUUGACAAGACAAGGAAGCUGGCACUCAGGCCAGCGCUGGCGGUGCUGGUGACCGCCGUGCUCAGCGUGGUAGGGCUGCUGAACGCUGCCCAGCCCCCGGCUGUGAAAACCGUGGAGGUGCCCAUCCAUUGGCUGCCCGCCUCCAUGGACAACCUCAAGAUCGCGCUGCUCUCGGACAUCCACUUGGGCCCCACGGUGGGCAGGACCAAGAUGGAGAUGUUCGUGAAGAUGGUGAACACGUUGGAACCGGAUGUCACAGUGAUUGUGGGUGACCUGUGCGAUGCCGAAGCCUCUGUCCUCCGGACGGCUGUCGCUCCUCUGGGCCAGCUUCGUUCACGCCUCGGCACCUACUUCGUCACGGGGAAUCACGAGUACUACACAUCAGAUGUCAGCAACUGGUUUGCGCUGCUGGAAUCCCUGAACGUCAAGCCCCUUCACAAUCAGAACGUGAAGAUUUCUGCCACCCAGGCCCAGCCUGGCGGGGGUGAGGAUGAUGACUGGAUCUGCUUGGCCGGGGUGGACGACAUCGAAGCAGACAUCCUGCACUACUCUGGCCACGGCAUGGAUCUCGAGAAGGCUCUGGGGGGCUGCAGCCCGGACCACACCACCAUCUUGCUAGCUCAUCAGCCCCUGGCUGCCAAGAGAGCUCUCCAGGCUCGGCCAGAUAUCAACUUGAUCCUUUCUGGGCACACUCACGCUGGGCAGAUCUUCCCCUUGAAUGUGGCAGCCUAUCUCCUGAACCCCUUCUUUGCUGGUCUGUACCAAGUGGCCCAGGCUACAUUUGUUUAUGUGAGCCCAGGCACGGCCUACUAUGGGAUACCCAUGCGACUGGGCAGCAGGGCGGAGAUUACAGAGCUCAUCCUGCAGCGGGUUCCCUGA